AUGAUACUCAGCACACGCUCUCUUUUAGCCUCUGCAGCAGCCGCCCUCUUCUCUAGAGCAAAUGCGCAAAAUGCAUUUGCUGGAGCUAUGGGAUUCGGUGUCAUUGCAACCGGAGGAAACAGCGGGACCACGUACCACGUCACAACACUCGCAGAUUCUGGCACUGGCUCUUUUCGAGAUGCUGUGAGCAGCUCUAACCGUAACAUAGUUUUCGAUGUCAGCGGCUACAUUGUUUUGAAAUCUGCUGUGUCCCUAUCUUCCUCCAUCACUAUCAAUGGACAGACCGCUCCUUCUCCUGGGAUUAGUAUCAUGGCCGGAGAAGUCUCUGCAAGUGACAAGAGCAACAUCAUCAUCCGCAAUACUGACACUGGGAAAAGCGCCUUCAACAUGGGCGGUGCCACGAAUGUCAUUCUGGACCAUUGUUCUGUUGCAUAUGGGCAAUGGGAUUCCAUCGAUGGCGUAGGUGUUACCAACAUUACGAUUUCCAACUCCAUCAUCGCCUUCCCCAUCGGCCAACAGUUCGAUGCACACAUCGAGGGCAACCAGGCCACCUACUACGGCAAUCUCUGGGUGAGCGGGCACAACCGCCAACCGCUCUCCAAGGCCAACUCGCAGUACAUCAACAACAUAGUCCAUGAUAUCAUCAACAAUUAUUUCAUUGCCGGGCCCAGCACAACCAGCGUCAGCAACUACUACUACCAAGUGAACGCAGGCCAGAGCGUGUAUGCGAAAGGCAACUACGCGGAUACCAGCAAGGACGGCGUCUUUAACGGCGCGCCGGAGAACAAGGUCGGGAGCGCCGUUGUGCUGGCCGCGCCUUGGGCGAGCGAUUCCGCCGCCAUGGCUUCACGCUCCGCUGCUGAUGCGUAUACAUACGUUCUCGCUAAUGCAGGCGCGUCGCCACGGGACGAGGUUGAUGCGUUCGCCGUCAGCACUGUGCAGACCUUGGGCACGUCGGGGAUUAUCUAUACCAAUCAGGCGAGUACUGGACUAAGUAAUGGUGGGUACGGUACGCUUUGAGGAGAUGGUGCUGUGGGAUGAUUCGGGGUGAAAGCUGCGGAGUUGAGGUAUUUUACGUCUUGAAAUACAGCCGUAUUCGUAGGCUAUUAGCGAGCUAUAGUAUAGUAAGUAGUCGACAAGACUCCUAAGCGAAAAUUGAAAAAUUAAAAGUCGU